CAAGAGCAUACUCUCGGCCCGUAGGAAGAGAACGAUAACAUAAGAAUUGAAAGAUGUAACUCUUAAGAAAGUUGGAUAAAAGCAAUGGAUCCAAAGAUUAAAAACAAAUCGAACAGAACUAUAGAAAAUGACAAGGGAGAAACUACACAAAUGGCUAAGGACCAAAGCCGACCGGUGAAGCUUGCCAUGAUGGUCCUAAACUCUGUUCUGGUGGUUGUUACAGACCUUUGGGCUGGACUACUUGGCAGUGCCCUAUUCAGACGCCAUUUUCACCUCCUGUUGUCAGGCGUGGUUCUGUUUGGACCAGCCCUGAGUCUGUGGGUGUCCAAGUACAGCAUCUUUGCAAACAGGAACCACUACCUCUACAGGAUGUUCCUGCGAUCGGGCUGGGGCUGGACCUGUGUUUUCACUGGCUCCUUCGUCUUCGUCCUCUCCUUCUCCAUCCGUCGAUCCCUCUCGCUCUCCGUUCGCCAUCUCUCACGGAUAGCCACCGUGGGAGCACUGUGGUGGGGCUCUCGCAGUCUCCUGACUCUGCUGGAGAACAUGGCAGGCAGCUGCUACGAGCCCAUGCCUGCUACCCUGGUUGGGGGCCUGAACCUUGGCCAGGGAGCCAGUGUCCCAGGGCAGUCCUUACUCCUGCUCCAUGAGGGCGAGCGCAAGGCCUCCUGCCUGAAAGCGGGCAUGCUGUGGCAGGGCUGGGAGGUCUCGGAGGACACUCUCCUCCUCUGCCUCUGCUGCCUGCUCCUGGCCGAAGAGACUGCAGUGUUGGGGCCCUACCUAGCCCUGGGAGGGCCCUCGGGGUCCCCGCUGCGCCUGCUCUUCCUGCUCUGCGUCUCCCUACUGGGUCUGUGGCUGUUUCUGCUGCUCUGUCUGCUGGCUUACUUCCCGCAGUUCCCCUCCCAGCUUCUAGGGGGAGCUCUAGGGUGUUUGAGCUGGAGGGGGCUGUAUCAGGGUUGGUAUCGCCUGAAGCCCAGCUGGUGCUGUCCUGGGUGGCCUGGAGAGGGACUUCUCACCACAACUCAGAGAGAGCCGUACAGUGAAAGGGGUGUUCAUGACAUGUGGCCAAAGGAUUGAUGUCUUUGGCUAGAAUAUUAUUUGCACCCUAGAUCAAAAUAAGAAUGGA